AUUUCCUCAUCUUGGCUCUCACAACACUAUUCUGUUUUUCCUCUGUCUCAGCACGAUCAUUUUCUGUGUCCAAGCAUGAUACCUGAGUUUGUCACCAGCCUCAUCCUGGCUCCUAUUAUAGAGACGUUGAUUUCCAAAUUGAUUUCACGUGCCUAUGGAUGGUGGACAGCCUCGAGUUCGAGUUCACGUUUUGAUCCCGUAAUGGAGCUGACGAAACUUGAAGAUUCACUCAAGAUGAUCCACUCUGUACUUAAAGAUGCAGAGGGAAAACAAGGAAGAGAAAGUGAUGACCCUAUAAGGCUCUGGCUACAAGAUCUCCAAAAGGUAGCUUAUGAUGCUGAGGACGUACUUGAUGAGUGCGAUUAUGAGCAUCUGCAGUACCAGCUUAAGCCUCGAGGUGGGAAGAAGAACGGCGAUAAGAAAAAGAAAAGCAGUACCCCCAGCUUCACCCUUGGUUCUGAUAUAGUUGGCAUGGGGGGCCUUGGAAAGACAACUGUAGCAAGAUCAAUAUACAAUAUGGCGAAGGAACACUAUGAUCUAGUAGUCUGGGUGUGUGUCUCUGAAGACUUUAAUGAGCAAACAAUUGUGAGAGAGAUGUAUGAACAUUUAAAGGUUGGUGUCGUUCCAAGCAGCAUCAAUGUACUUGUUGAAGAUCUUGCACAAAAAUUAGAGAAGAAAACUUUUCUUCUCAUUCUUGAUGACGUGUGGAACAAAGAUAAAUCCAAGUGGAUUGCUUUCAACAAUCGUCUCUUCGGAAUUUUGAGGACAAGAAGGAAUUCCAUUAUGGUGACAACUCGUGAUGAAGAGGUAGCACUUGAGAUGAGGAAAAUGAAUCUUAUGCAAAAUUCUAUGCAAAUUUAUAAAAUGCAGAAGUUGUCAGAUGAUGAGUGUUGGUCAAUAAUUGAAAAGAGGGUUCUCGAACUAUCGGGACUACAAUCAAUUUCUCCUAAUUUGAAAGAUAUUGGGGUGGGUAUUGCCAAAAAGUGUGGGGGUUUGCCAUUGAUAGCAGCUGUCAUAGGAGGAACAUUGAGCUCUGAAAUUCAAAAAAGUGCGUGGAAGGUUAUCAGAGAUAAUGAUGCAUGGAAUUUGGAUUCAGAAGAUGGAAAAUGGAUUUUAUCCAUAUUGGAAAUCAGUUUUGAUCAUUUGUUUCCACCUUUGAAAAAAUGCUUCUCUUAUUGUUCAAUAUUUCCAAAGGAUUUCCUCAUUGAAAAGGAUGAUUUAGUUCAACUUUGGAUGGCUCAGGGAUUUCUUCACCAACCUAAUGAAAGCUCCAGCACAAUGGAAGAAAUUGGUGAUGCUUACUUUAACUAUCUCGUAUCUAAUUCCUUAUUUCAAGAUGUGGAAAGGAAUAAAUAUGGAGAUGUCAUAGCUUGCAAGAUGCAUGAUGUAGUGCAUGAUCUGGCGUUGGCUGUUUCAAAAGAUGAAACUUUAAUCUUGAGGUCUGGUUGCAAGAUUGACAAAAAUGCUACUAUUCUACAUUUGAGAGUCAAGCACGAUGGGAGUAGACUUCCAUACAUUCCAACUGAUCUUCGUCAAAGGCUACGUUCUUUGUUCAUAGAAAAGGAUGCUGAUGUUUUCAAUAACGUGGCAUCUGAUCUCAAAAGUUUGCGAUCUUUAAAAUUAAUGCAAGCCGAGACAGAAGAGUUGUGUCCUGCUCUUGGUGAACUAAAGCAUUUGAGAUACCUUGACAUCUCAAAUGGCAAAUUUAAAGCACUACCAGGAUCCCUUUCCAAGCUCUACCAUUUGCAAACUCUUAGACUAAAAUGGUGCUUUUCUAUUCCAUGGAUCCCUGAUAAUAUGAGCAAUCUAGUGAGCUUGAGGCACAUAUAUUUUUCUAUUAAAAAGCAUGUGCCAAGGGGGCUUGGGCACCUAACUUCUCUUCAAACAUUACCUAUAUUUUUUGUAGGUAAAGAAAAGGGGAAUGGCAUUGAAGAAUUGGGAGGGUUAACACAACUCAGAGGAGAAUUGAAUAUUCAGAACCUUGAACAAGUUGGAUCAAAAUCAGAAGCUACCAAAGCAAACCUAGGGGAAAAGACAAGAUUGCACUGUUUGAAACUACAAUGGAAUGAAUUGGAAGGAAAUUGCAGCGACCAUGAGGAGGUUCUAGAAGGUUUUAAGCCUCAUUCAGACUUGAAAAUUUUAUUCAUUAAUUAUUACAUGGGAAAGAGCUUUCCGCCAUGGAUGACGAGUGGUGGUGCUACAUUUUUGUCUGAUAACCUAGUGGAGUUGGAAUUACAUGACUGGCACAAUUGUGAACACAUUCCUAGUCUGGGACUUUUGCCUUGUCUCAAGUCUCUUUAUAUUCAUAAUUUUAAAAAUGUAAAAAGAAUGGGUCAUAAGUUUGAUAGUCCAGGAGGAGAAGAAUCAAUCAAACUGUUCCCAGCUUUGAGACAACUCACCUUAAAAAACAUGGCAAUCUUAGAGGAAUGGGUUGAAGUCGAUGAUGAUGAUAUUGCAGCAGGAGGUAAAGUUGAGAUUGUGUUUCCUUCCCUUGAGAGUUUGAAAAUUAUGGGUUGUCAUAGGUUGAAAACUUGGUUGAUGGGUGGGUUUUCAUCUCAUCAUAAGUUGUCUUCCUUGGAGAUCUGCGACUGUGAGAAUCUGAUGGCUAUCCCAAAUUUGGAUGAGCUCUCAUCUCUUGAAACUUUAGCGAUUGACAAUUGUCAUGUAUUAACUUGUUUGCCGAAUGGGUUAAGAUCCUGCAUUUCUCUCCAAAACUUGAUAAUUUUUUAUUGCAAGGAUUUGACUUCCAUUCAGAGUAUAGCAUCUUCUCUUACAAGUUUAGAGCUAUCGUUUUGUGGUGCAUUAACAUGUCUACCAAGUGAGCUAGGCUCCUGUAUUUCUCUUCAGUAUUUGUGCAUUUCAAACUGCAUUAAUAUAAGGAGUAUUCCAGAGGAGUGCCUUAUCAACCUCACAAGCUUGAAGAAGUUAGAGAUGGGUCCUUUCUACAAGGAAUUGGAGGAAUUCCCAGGACUUAGUUACAUUCAUCAGCUGAGCUCCUCCCUUGAAGACUUAUUUUUGAAAGGAUGGGAUAAACUAAAGUCUUUGCCAUAUCAACUUCAAGAUCUCACUGCUCUGAGAAAAUUGACUCUUGAAGAAUUCAACGGAGUGGAAGCUUUUCCAGAGGGGUUGGGAAACCUCAAUUCUCUUCAACGACUUUCCGUUUAUUAUUGCAGAAAUCUAAAGCAUCUGUCUCCACUUCAAGCCCUAAAAUCUCUUAGUUGGUUAGAUAUGGAUCCUUUUUGCUUGGAGUUGGAGGAGUUCCCAGGACUUGAUUGCAUCCAUCACCUUCAUGCUUCCUUGAAACAUUUAAGAUUGGGAGGAUGGGAAAAAGUAAAGUUUCUGCCAGAUCAGCUUCAGCAUCUCACUGGCCUCAUGUCGUUGGCUCUAGAAGGAUUCAAUGGAGUGGAAGUUUUACCAAACUGGUUAGGAAACCUCACUUCUCUUCGACAGCUGUGGAUUAGAAAUUGUCGUAAUUUGAUGAGUAUGCCAUCUGUUGAAGCCACGCAACGCCUCUCCAAUUUACAAUUUCUUUUUAUAAGUGAAUGUCCCAAAUUAGUGGAGAGAUGCUCCAGAGAUAGAGGAGCCGAAUGGUCCAAGAUUUCUCACAUUCCCAGAAUUAUGAUACCUGGGCGAUUGGGAUGAGCACGAGGUUUGGAAGAGUAGGUUGAGUAGUUGAAGACAUCAACAAGCCUUCUCCAAAUAAUCCUCUAAUGGAUGUUCUCUGGAAAGUUUUCUCAUAUAAAGAGGCAAUGAGGAGAAAAAACAGGGAAUUGCACAAACACACAUUCCUUCAUUUUUAAGGUCCUUUGUUAUCUUCAUGAUUCUUCAGCAUCAAAACACUUUCCAGUAGCCGUCACCAUAAUAAUCAACCAAGGCAUAAGGGAAAAGAAACAGAGUAUUGCUUGGACACACUGGGUGUAAAGCUUGAUGGAGUGAAGCCUAGCAAGAGUGAUAACCAAAAGCCCCUUUUUUUUUCUUUUUUUUUUUUUAAGGCAAGGAACUUCUCCUGCUUUGAAUUCAAAAUCUUGAAGAACUGAGGCUAAUUUUCUCAUUGGAGAUCCAAACUGACGAGUGGUCCUCUUUUUAAGUUGUUGAUGCUCAUGAACAGAUUUGGCAAUUCUUCAGUGAUAUAGUCCUCAACUGAUGGCAGCAUUUGAGGUGCAAGUUUACCAGUAUAGACAUCCAUCUUUUCUUAUUCUUGCACAACCUUUAUGGAGUUAGUUCUGAUAGGAUC